AUGCGCUUACUGCAGUCUUCCCGAAGGCAGCAGCAAUUGCUGCUGCUUCUCUCCGCCUCCGCCAGCUUGGUAUCCGCCUCACCGGUUAAGCGAGACUGGGUGCCUCAGUACACGACGACAUGGACUCAGACCUAUACCAGCACUGCUUAUACCUGGUACCAACCUGCGCCCGAGCCAACAGCUGGCGUGGACUGUGUUCCCGCAGACACUAUGCAGCAAGCAUGCGGUUCGAUUUGCUGUGCAGGAUGGCAGACUUGUGCCUUCAAGGGCCAAUGUUCAGCGAAGCCCGGAUAUGACGAGCCUUCCACCAUAGUCAUCACCACCGGUGGCCGUACCACCACUCAAUAUUCCGCUCCUUACCGAGUCACCGGCACAACCGUCAUCACAAGUAGUGGAGAUAGGUCUACGGCCACUGCAACCACCGCGACCAGCACAGCAACCGAGACAGGCGACGCCGCUGCGAUUGGAGCUGGAGGCGGUGGCGGUGGCGGGCUCAGCGGAGGUGCAAUCGCUGGUAUUGUCAUCGGCUCAAUCGCCGGUGCCAUCCUUCUCUUGCUUCUGGCCUUCUGCUGCAUUGCUCGCGGGCUUUGGGCCCUGAUGUGCGGCGGUGGGAAGAAGAAGACCCGGGAAGAGUACACUGAGGAACGCUACUCCCGCCACGGCAGCCGACCACCUUCCGCAUACUCACGACGAGAGCGUCACUCGGGCUGGUUUGGCGGCGGCGGUGCAGGUUCUGCAGCUGGCACUGAGAAAAAGAAGUCGGGCGGCACCAAGAGAUGGCUCGGCCUUGCCGGUCUGGCUGCCACUCUCCUCGCCCUAUUGAACCUGAAGAAGGAGAAGAAGCCUGCGACAAAGUCAUCCCGCUCCCGCUACAGCGAAUCCUACUAUUCUUAUUCGGCUACUAGUCCUAGUAAGUUUGCGCACGCUGAAGAUUAA